UGGCCGGAAAGGUGACUGCGCAUGCUCCAUGAAAUUGACUAAGGUUUGAAUUUUCUCGGAGAAAGACAGGCCGGCCACGAGGAAAACAGAAACAAGCCGCAGCAACAUCUAAGCCCUUGAAAGGAUCCUGAGAGGGGGGAAAGGGAAAUCAGCAGCCACCAGCCCAACCACUUGUGUCUUCUGCCCCUUCCCACCUGUCUUGCCCACCCCACCAGCCCACGCUGCUUGGGACUUGAAAUCUGUGGCCGAAGGACCGUCACCACAUAACUUCAAAAAUAAUCAACCACCCUCCCUUCCCAAACCCACGCAAAUUCACUUAUCCAGCGUUUACUUUUUUUAAUCCACUCAGAAUUUUUUUUCUUCGACCCCCCUCCCUAAAUGGAGUUGGGUGGGGGGGGUAAUGAAUACUGAGUUGGCCUUUAUUUUUUAAGAGACUUUUUGAUCCAAUGAGGCCCCCCAAAUAAUUGAAUUUUGGGUCCUGGUUGGUUGUUUUUUUUUCCUCCAAAAUUUUACCCCCUCCCCCCUGAGCCCGAGGUGCUGACGUCGCAAAAAUAUUGGAUAAAACCACAGUCAUGGGUUCGGGUCCCAUAGACCCCAAAGAGCUUCUUAAAGGCCUGGAUAGCUUCCUUAACCGAGAUGGGGAAGUCAAGAGUGUAGAUGGGAUUUCCAAGAUCUUCAGUCUGAUGAAGGAAGCACGAAAGAUGGUGAGUCGAUGCACUUACUUGAACAUUCUCCUGCAGACCCGUUCACCAGAAAUACUGGUCAAGUUUAUUGACGUUGGUGGUUACAAACUUCUUAACAAUUGGCUGACAUAUUCAAAGACAACCAACAACAUUCCCCUCCUCCAGCAAAUUCUGCUGACCCUGCAGCACCUACCGCUCACUGUGGACCAUCUCAAGCAGAACAACACAGCCAAACUGGUGAAGCAACUGAGCAAGUCCGGUGAGGAUGAAGAGCUCCGGAAAUUGGCCUCAGUCCUGGUUAGCGACUGGAUGGCUGUCAUCCGCUCCCAGAGCAGUACCCAGCCUGCUGAGAAAGAUAAGAAGAAACGUAAAGAAGAGGGAAAGAGUCGAACCACCCCUCCAGAGCGACCUUUGACUGAAGUAAAGGCUGAGACCCGGUCUGAGGAGGCCCCAGAGAAGAAAAAGGAGAAGCCCAAGUCUCUUCGAACCACAGCACCCAGUCACGCCAAGUUCCGUUCCACUGGACUAGAGCUGGAGACACCAUCUUUGGUGCCCGUGAAGAAGAAUGCCAGCACAGUGGUGGUUUCUGACAAGUACAACCUCAAACCUAUUCCCCUCAAGCGUCAGAGCUCUGCAGCUGCUCCAGGGGAUGCUGCACUCCCUGCAGAGAAGAAAUACAAGCCACUCAACACAACACCCAACGCCACCAAAGAAAUCAAAGUGAAGAUCAUCCCGCCACAGCCUAUGGAGGGCCUGGGCUUUCUGGAUGCUCUCAAUUCAGCCCCUGUUCCAGGCAUCAAAAUUAAGAAGAAGAAGAAAGUGCUCUCACCUACAGCUGCCAAGCCAAGCCCCUUUGAAGGGAAAACAAGCACAGAACCAAGCACAGCCAAACCUUCUUCCCCAGAACCGGCACCUCCUUCUGAGGCUAUGGACACAGACCGCCCAGGGACCCCAGUGCCCCCUGUUGAAGUCCCAGAGCUCAUGGAUGCAGCCUCUUUGGAAUCAGGGGCUCUGGAUGCAAAGCCAGUGGAGAGUCCUGGAGAUCCCAACCAACUGACCCGGAAGGGCAGGAAGAGGAAGACUGUGACGUGGCCCGAGGAGGGCAAACUGAGAGAGUAUUUCUAUUUUGAACUGGAUGAAACUGAACGAGUAAAUGUGAAUAAGAUCAAGGACUUUGGUGAGGCGGCCAAGCGAGAGAUACUGUCAGACCGGCAUGCAUUUGAGACAGCCCGGCGUCUGAGCCAUGACAACAUGGAGGAGAAGGUGCCCUGGGUGUGUCCCCGGCCCCUGGUUCUACCCUCACCCCUUGUCACCCCUGGAAGCAACAGCCAGGAGCGAUAUAUCCAGGCUGAGCGGGAGAAAGGAAUCCUUCAGGAGCUCUUCCUAAACAAGGAGAGUCCUCACGAGCCUGACCCAGAGCCCUAUGAGCCCAUACCCCCUAAGCUCAUCCCGCUGGACGAGGAGUGUUCCAUGGAUGAGACCCCAUAUGUUGAGACGCUGGAACCUGGGGGGUCAGGUGGCUCACCUGAUGGGGCAGGAGGCUCCAAGUUACCUCCGGUUCUGGCCAAUCUUAUGGGAAGCAUGGGUGCUGGGAAGAGCCCCCAGGGCCCUGGAGGAGGAGGCAUUAACGUCCAGGAGAUCCUUACCUCCAUAAUGGGUAGCCCAAACAGUCAUCCCUCAGAGGAACUACUGAAACAACCAGACUAUUCAGACAAGAUCAAGCAGAUGCUGGUGCCACAUGGACUCCUAGGCCCUGGUCCAAUAGCCAAUGGUUUCCCACCAGGAGGCCCUGGGGGACCCAAGGCCAUGCAGCACUUCCCUCCUGGACCUGGGGGACCUAUGCCAGGUCCUCAUGGAGGCCCUAGCGGGCCUGUGGGUCCACGUCUCCUAGGUCCCCCACCACCUCCCCGUGGUGGUGAUCCCUUCUGGGAUGGCCCGGGUGACCCUAUGCGGGGCGGCCCAAUGCGGGGGGGUCCAGGACCUGGUCCUGGACCAUACCAUAGAGGCCGAGGUGGCCGAGGAGGAAAUGAGCCCCUUCCACCUCCUCCAUUUCGAGGGGCCAGAGGAGGUCGCUCUGGAGGAGGACCUUCAAAUGGACGAGGGGGCCCUGGUGGCAUGGUUGGAGGUGGUGGGCAUCGUCACGAAGGCCCUGGUGGGGGCAUGGGCAGUGGCAGCGGACAUCGCCCCCAUGAAGGCCCUGGUGGUAGCAUGGGUGGCGGUGGAGGACAUCGUCCCCAUGAAGGCCCUGGCGGCGGCAUGAGUGGCAGCAGUGGCCAUCGUCCCCAUGAAGGCCCUGGCAGUGGCAUGGGUGGUGGCAGUGGCCAUCGUCCCCAUGAAGGCCCUGGCGGAGGAAUGGGUGCUGGUGGGGGACAUCGCCCCCAUGAAGGCCCUGGUGGGAGCAUGGGUGGAAGUGGUGGACAUCGCCCCCAUGAAGGCCCUGGACAUGGGGGACCCCAUGGGCACCGGCCUCAUGAUGUCCCGGGUCACCGAGGCCACGACCAUCGAGGGCCACCUCCUCAUGAGCACCGUGGCCAUGAUGGCCCUGGCCACGGGGGAGGGGGCCACCGAGGGCACGAUGGAGGCCACAGCCAUGGAGGAGACAUGUCAAACCGCCCCGUCUGCCGACAUUUCAUGAUGAAGGGCAACUGCCGCUAUGAAAACAACUGUGCCUUCUACCACCCGGGUGUCAACGGGCCCCCCCUGCCAUAGGGACCCCCUGUGGACUGCAGCCUUGCUCCUUCCACCUUGUUAUGGCUUCUGUGAGGCCCAUUUUGCCCUUCCCCAGCUGAUGAGGAGCCGGCCCCUCAGUUCCCACCUGCUUGGGUUCCUGGGGUUGUCUGAUCACUGGUGCGCAUUGAUGUACAUAUUUUCCUCCAGUCUGGGGAGGAGAGAGACUGGACACAUUCUGUACCCGGGACUGCUGAAGAGGAGACCCAGUUGGCUUCACUUUUUGAGGAGAUUCACCCUAUACUCCAAAUCCCUUUCCAGUAUUACCCUUACGCCUGAGAACCUAAAGCUGGUCAUCCCGGAGAACCCCUCUGCUCCUGUCGUGGGUCCUGCACGUGCACACACAGCCCCGACACAGGCAGCUGCAGUUAGGAGAUUAUCCCAGCCACGGCCGUUACUCCACACAGGGUGGGGAGAUGGCGAAGGGCACUGUAUGUGCCCGUGCGCCGCGAGGGCUCAGUCAGGCUGGGACACACGUCAUCUCUACUCCUCCCCUGCCACGGGCUCCGCAUUCCGAGUCCUUUUUUAAGGAGGACUUUGCAUCCUUCUGUGAACACCCAAGUCUGCAGCACGGGUCUGCUACAGUCGAUGAUGGCAAAUUCGUGUUUGCAUCCAGCGAAAGUUUGAGCUGGCGUAAGUGAGGCCUGCGGUGUCGGCCCACCCUUGCCAACUACAGCCACUCUGGAAACUUCAUAAAAUACUUCAGUGAGACCAGCUGCUCAUCAACUUGUGCCCAGCACACUGGGCCUGACAGUCACACUACAUGCACUGCCUUUGGGAGUUCGCUUGCUCCUUGCUCCCACAUGGAACCUUAUCAGUGUGAGGCUUCUAGAAACCUUGCUCUGUCAGCCACUUCCGAAUCCCCACCAGGUGUCUUCCUGGUGGGUUCAACAAGAUGAUUUUGCCCCUUCCCAGUCCUCUCCUUCACCUGUCUUGGCAUCAGUUGUUUUCUAUGAAAACAGUGGAUUGGUUGGGUUUUGUGCAGGGUCUUGGGUUAUCGCCACAAUGGAUUUGAGGAUGAGUAUUUUCUUUUUCUUUUGGUUUUUGUAUAUUUUGUACAUUAAUAAUAAACAGUGGAAAGAGAAGCAGCUUAUUUAA